AUGGCCUUGAGUUCAUUUUCGAGCCGGGAAACGGUUCCACCUCAGUCUUUUGGCUCAGAGAUGACCAACUGUUUCCAGCCAAAUAUAGAAGCAGAGCUAUUAGCAGCAGAAGAGCUCCUCAAAUAUUACCAACUAGACUACAAUUGUUCCAUCCUUCCCAACAACUUAUUUCUUGAUGAUCAUCCAUGCCAUGACCCCUACAAUCUUCUCAACCUCGAAAACUAUCAUCCUGACACUACCAGUGACGAUCAUCUUCUUCUUCCACAUCUCACUACCCCUGACAUGCUUCCGCAACUUGAUUUCUAUCCUUACCCGUACCCGAAACGCCAAAAAUGCUUCCAAGAUUUCGUUAAACCGGAGUUCACACCCGCAACUUUCUAUGAUGCGUUUGCUCCAGAUUCUUGUCCCGUGCCCGAGUUGUUUCCGGCACCUGGGGUCUUUGCUACUCCAUUGCUCACAUUUAAUCAGCAUCCGGAGGAGACAGUCACUGAUAGCAACAAGUCAAAAGUUAAUGACUAUGAAAUUGGUUUUGCUGCUAAGAAGAAAGUGGAAGAAAAAUGCGUGACUGCGCAGAGUAUUGCGGCUAGAGAAAGGAGGAGGAAGAUCACAGAGAAGACUCAAGAGCUAGGGAAGCUUGUUCCUGGAGGAAGCAAGAUGAACACAGCUGAGAUGCUCACUGCUGCUUACAACUUUGUCAAGUACUUGCAGGCUCAAGUUGGCAUUCUUGAAUUCAUGGGGUCAUUUGAGGAAUUGAAGGGAGCUCCUCCUGCUGAAGAGCUGCGAGCAGUUGCAUUUCCUAUUAUUCAAGAGAAGCUAUAUUUAGAGAACAAUUGCUUGGUUCCGGAGAAGUUUGUGGAGAUAUUAGCAAAACACUUUGAUGCUCAAUCAAAACCUUCGCUCUCCAACAAUCUCCACCAGCUACUCACAUCCAGUGGUUGA